CACAAUGCAAGAAUCCUAUAAUUAAUUUCCAUGGCAGAGUUCAAUAUUGGAGAUUUCCUCAACUUGAACACCCCUCUCCCAGACAACCUUAAUUACUCCAACGAUCAACAUGGGAUCAUGAGAUUCUCAAAUGAUGGAUUUGAUCAUCAAGAAAAUCACCAGAGUGCUCUUCAGCUCACCAUGAUGACUUUCAACAAUGAAAUCCAAAUCCCUAGUUAUGAUGAUCACCACCACCAUCAUCAUCAUCAUCCUGCACCUGAUGAUUCAUCUCCUCAGUUCUUCUCCAUGGAAGCUGGAGCCACCAGCCAUGGCUGCACCACCGACAACAUCAACCCGCUGUCAGAACCCGAGGGCUUAGUUGGCCGUCAGGCUUAUCCUAUCAAGAAUUGUGGUAGGAAAAAGAGAAAGAGGAACAAUGAUAUUGGAGAAGGUGAUGGGAAGCCUAAAGAAGUUGUUCAUGUGAGAGCCAAGAGAGGGCAAGCUACUGACAGUCAUAGUUUGGCUGAAAGGCAACGAAGAGAGAAAAUUAAUGAAAAGCUCAAAUGCUUACAAGGUUUGGUCCCAGGAUGUUAUAAGACAAUGGGAAUGGCUGUGAUGCUGGAUGUAAUAAUCAACUAUAUCAGAUCAUUGCAAAAUCAAAUUGAUUUUCUUUCCAUGAAACUCUCAGUAGCAAGCUUAUUCUAUGAUUUCAACUCAUCAGAUGUGGAUGCAGUGGACAUGGCACAGGGGGCAAAUCUUUAUGAAGCUCAAGGGAUGGGAAAAGCUAUGGCUGAAGGGUAUGGAGGAUUUCCACCUCAGUUUCAAACAUCUUGGCCUCUUUAAUUAUAUUGUACUUCUACUAUCUACUUCUUGAUUUGAGCUCCACUCCCUAUAUAUAUAUAUAUAUAUAUAUAUAUAUAUAUA